AUGCUUUCCAACCGCUUCGCCCGCCUCCUCACUUGCGCCGCUGUGGUGCCACUCGCAAUGGCCGCAGAGCCCAUCGAGUUCAACAUCGGGUACAAGCUCUGGGGCUUCGCGCCUGUUGAAUGCGAGGGCACGCCAGAGCAGACUGGCACGUUCUCGACGAACCAGUGCACCGACCUCACCGCCUACGCCGGCAAGUUCACGCUCGAGAUACCCAAUGAGGACUGCACGCUGCACUUCUGGAACCUGACCGGUUGUGACGGCGGCGAAGGCGCCCCGAUUUCGCUCGUCGGCGAGAAGGAGACGGGAUGCGAGUCGCUCGCUGUGCUUGGUCCUGCGUUCGAGGCGCCCGGGAACCCGCCGCGUGAGGUCGCUCAUUCGUUGAAGGUUACCUGCCCGAACACAUCGAAGUGA